AUGGGCGCGUUCGUUCGGAGCGAGGAGGUGUGUCUUGUGCCGCUCUUUCUCCAAUCGGGGUCAGCCUACAACUGCGCCAGCGAGCUUGGAGAGCUGGGUCUGGUCGAAUUCAGAGACUUGAACCCCAAUGUCAACUCGUUCCAGAGGAAGUUUGUGAACGAGGUGCGGCGCUGUGAGGAGAUGGAGAAGUCCUUCACGUACCUGGAGCAGGAGAUUGGCCGGUCCCUGUUCCCCCCGCUGGCGGGUCCUCUCCCCACCCCCAGCCCUGUGCCCUCCGCUCCCCAGCCCAGAGAACUCAUGGCCAUCGAGGAGGAGAGCGAGAGGCUGGCCAGGGAGCUACGAGAGGUGUCCAGGAACAGAGACAGCCUGAUGAACCAGCUGAUCCAGCUCAGCCAAUACAGAGGGUUUUUGAUCCAGACACAGUCCCUCACAGCUCCGCCUCCCUCUUCUCCGGAGACUGCUGCCUUACUGGACAACAGACAAGGCAUCAGGCUGAGUUUUGUGUCUGGCGUGGUCCACCCGUGGAAGGUUCCGUCGUUUGAGCGGCUGCUAUGGCGAGCGUGCCGCGGUUACAUCAUCGUCGACUUCAGGGAGAUGGACGAGAGGCUGGAGAGUCCUGAAACGGGCGAGAUGGUCCAGUGGACUGUCUCCCUCAUCUUUUUCUGGGGCGAGCAGAUUGGACAGAAAGUCAAGAAGAUCUGUGAUUGUUUCCACACCCACACCUUUGACUACCCAGAGGGCACAACGGAGAGAGAGAAGAUUCUGCACGGGCUGCAGGGAAGGAUCAUAGACAUCAAAACGGUCCUCUCCCAGACGGAACAUUACCUGCAGCAGCUGCUGUGUCGCUCGGUGGCCCUGCUGCCCCAGUGGAAGGUGCGGUUCCAGAAGUGUAAGGCCGUCCAGGCCGUGCUCAACCUCUGCAGCCCCUCCGUCACUGACAAGUGUCUGAUGGCCGAGGCCUGGUGUCCCGUCAGCAAGCUGCUACUGCUGCAGAGCGCCCUGAUAGAGGGAACGAGGAAGAACGAUAGUGGUGUGGACUCAUUCUAUAACCGCCUCCCGGACCCAAGCACCCCUCCUCCCACCCUCUUCCACAACUCCUUCACAGCCGGCUUCCAGAGCAUCGUAGACGCAUACCGUGUUGCCAGAUACAGAGAGGUCAACCCAGCGGUGUACACCAUUAUCACCUUCCCCUUCCUGUCUGCGGUGAUGUUUGGGGACGUGGGCCACGGCCUCCUCAUGACCAUGGCCGCUCUCUGGAUGGUGCUGCAGGAGAGAGACCUCAAACUCAGGACCAAUGACAACGAGAUCUGCCAGAUGAUGUUUGGUGGUCGGUAUCUGAUUCUGCUGAUGGGUCUUUUCUCUAUCUACACCAGAGCUGUGUACAACGAGUGUUUCAGUAGAGGCCUCAGCCCCUUCCCCUCGGGAUGGCUCCUGCAACCUAUGUUCCAACACUACAACUGGAGUCUAAAGCUGUCGGAGGUGCUAUGGGUGAUGGUGAUGCGUAUCAGCCUGUCGUGGCAGGGCUACAUGGGAUCUGUAGUUCUAGCCGUCAUCUAUUCCUUCUUUGCCACACUCACCGUCUCCGUCCUGCUCGUCAUGGAGGGGCUGUCCGCCUUCCUGCACGCACUCAGAUUGCACUGGGUGGAGUUCCAGAAUAAGUUAUACAGUGGAACGGGAUACAAGCUCAACACUUUCUCCUGCUCCUCCAACCUGAACCCUCUAUAG